AUGAGGCCGCUGAAGUUACUCCACGUGUUGCCGCUCCUGCUGCUGUUGCUGGCACUGCUGGUGGGUGCAGCGCCCAUUGGGGAGCAUGUGGAUCAUGCUGGCUGCAUUCGGAUAACGAUUGUGAAGCGGCCACUGGCGACGGCAGCGACCACCACAACGACAACGACGACGACCACCACCACAACGACAACGGCAGCUACCACAGUGGCCACUGGCUGA